CGGGUUUGUCUUGGAAGACCCUUUUUUAAGUUUUAAUUUCCAUAGUCCUAGACAAAACAGACACAUAUUCCUCUCUCUCACUUCUCUACUACUCUACUACAGUACUAUUAUUACUGCAUAACCGAGGCACCAAUCUAAUCAACUAAAACUGUAUCUUCCUUCCCUGCGGUAAAUAUAAAAUUCCCCCAAAACUCAAGCUUCCUUUCUCUCUUCAAAAAUAUUAAUAACCACCCCCCUUUACCCAUUUGGCCGAUUCCAUUUCUCUCUGACUUCCUUCUUCAUCAUCAUCAUCAUCCCUUCUCCAUACUUCCUUCUUAAAACCUUCCAAAACUUGCCAUUUCCUUGCUGGAAAGAUUCUUUCUUUCCUUUGAUUUCUAGUUCCAGAGAAACAAAACCGAAAAAUGGCUCUGGUGCUAGAUAACUGCGAAGGGAUAUUACUAUCUCUGGACUCCCACAAAUCAGUUCCGGCGCCAUUCUUAACCAAAACGUACCAGCUCGUGGAUGAUCCGGCCACCGACCACAUCGUUUCUUGGGGUGAAGACGACACAACUUUUGUCGUUUGGCGUCCUCCUGAGUUCGCUCGUGACCUCCUCCCUAAUUACUUCAAGCACAACAAUUUCUCCAGCUUCGUCCGCCAACUCAACACCUAUGGUUUUAGGAAAAUAGUACCGGACAGAUGGGAGUUUGCGAAUGAAUUCUUCAAGAAAGGAGAGAAACACCUUCUGUGUGAGAUCCACCGGAGGAAAACAUCUCAGCCGCAAGUAUCCAUCAACCACCACCAUCACCACCCGCUUAACAUGACCCACCCGAUUAACAACAGUCCAUCUUUUUUCCCAUACGCAAACCGGGUCAGCAUUUCUCCACCCGAUUCCGACGACAACAAUUGGUGCGACUCCCCACCCAUAUCUUCUCCGCCGGUGCAGAUUCCCAUUCCGGUGAUCACCACCACCACCGCCGCGAGCACCACGAAUUCCAUCCCGGCUUCGGCGGCGGCGGCCCACUACGGCGGCGGAACAGUCACGGCGGCGCUUUCCGAAGACAACGAGAGGCUGAGAAGGAGCAACAACAUGCUGAUGUCGGAAUUAGCCCACAUGAGGAAACUCUACAACGACAUUAUUUACUUCGUUCAGAACCACGUUAAGCCGGUUUCUCCCAGCAACAAUUAUCCAUCUUCUCUGAUCCUCUGCAACGCCGCCUCACAAGCUUCCGCUACAACCAUCACUAAUUCUUCUUCGUUGAUGCAAAAGCCCCUGAAUCAGUUUCUGGGCGGCCCAAAGCAGAGUUGCAGUAGUACUACUACUCUUCCUCAGAUGAUGAAUAUCUCCUUCAAUGGCUGCCAUACGACGUCGUCGCCGAGCAAGAACAGCAGCAGCGUUACCAUUCUUGAAGAACAGAGAGAAAGCAGUAGAACAAAGCUUUUUGGGGUGCCUUUGCCACUUCAUCAUCAUCAUCAUAAUCAGUCAAAGAAAAGGUUGCACCCUGAAUAUUCAUCAAAUUCCAUGGAGACCAACAAGGCAAGAUUUGUGAUGGAUAAGGAUGACUUAGGAUUGAAUCUUAUGCCUCCUUCUCCAUGUUAAUUUAGUAACAGAGUUUUGACUUUUCUUUUUCUCACUGAACCAAAAAAGGUCAUCUUUUUUCGUUGUUCAUGUCUUAUUAGCCUUUCUUUUUUUUUUCUUUUUUUUUUUCCUGGGUUCACUUUAAUUCUUUUUAGUAGCAUUAUGAAUUUGCUGUUUCGAAGUGUAAAUACGAAGAUUAAUUAGUACGUUCUUAGUAUUAUAUAUUAUAUUAUAUGGAGUUUCUCCCCCCAGCCAUGAAUUUAAUUAAUGCAGGUGGCUUUUUCUUGGACCAGAUGAUAUGAUGAUCAGCUUCUUCUUCUUCUAGUAAUUUCAUCUUUACAGAGUUAAGGACCAUUUUUCCCCUCAAAUUUCAGUGAUGCAUUUAUUAUAUAUAUUAGACUUUUUUUCUAUCAUUAUGAUUAUUGUCUCUUCUUCUUCUUCUUCUUCUGCUAAAUACUGCUGCUUCUUAUUGUGUUCUCGGCAUUAUUUCUCCUUUUUUUUUUCUCUCUGCCACUUUUACAUAUCUGAGCGUCUCAGUUACAUUAAUGAUACUGCACACAUGGGAUAGAUAAGUGUUUUGGAUUUUUCUCUGCGUUUUUUGGAAGAAUGCAGAUGGAGGAAGGAGGAUGUACGUUGUGGGGGGACCUGAUUUUUUCCUCAGGCUUUUUCUUUUUUCUUCUGCUUCUUU